GUUGUUAAACGGUGGACGAUUCGAUGAAGGUUACAUCUCAUGAGAUUCGCGUGGAUACGUUCUAGUUUAUAAAUAUCGGUUGCCAUGACAACGCCCCUUUGCCGAGCCAAUGAUACUCACGCUCCAUUUCGCAUUUGUUUGCCGUAGCCAUGACGAACCGUGACAGUGCCGUCCGUCAUUUGUGCACAAACAACUGGUGAGGAGACAAGUGACACAACAAAAUGUUUUGGGGCAUUACUCCCGCGCUGGAUCUGCAGGAAGAGCUCCUGAACCAUGGAGACACCAGCGCCUACGAACUCAAUUUCCUGGUGGUCGGAGGCUGCGAUGGCCGACACCUCCUGAAGACGCUGGCUCAAGCAUACCGCCAUGAACGGAGGUACAUGAACCUGUUUGUCAUCGACGGCUGUCCGGAGCUGGCGGCAAGACAGGCCCUCCUUCUGUCACUGGCCAUGGAGAAAACCACCAGAUGUGGCCUCCUCGAGAAGACGAGAAGAUUCAUGGAGAUAUACGGAAAUCUGCUCCUCCGUCAAUCAACAUCCAGGUACCUCACCGCUAAAUCUCGACAGCUAAUAAACAUGAUCACCAACUCUGAAUACAUGAACUUACUCUUGCCGUGCAUAUCUGUCGAACAGAUGAAGUACAGAGAGAAGGACUACAUGGAAAACCUUAUGAACUUUUGGAUGACCGGGAAUACAAACCAGUUCAAUGCUACGGAUUUAUGGGACCAGCGGCUCAGACAAUCUUUGGGAGUCAGAUACGAUUCAAGAGUAGGAGUCUACGAUUGGGAUUACCACAUGAGGUUAAAGGAGGUAGCCAGUCAGAUCUGUUUUCACGAAUACAAGCAUUUCAGAGAGCACGGAGUGGCCUUCACGUGGCUGGAAACAGAAGUGAGUCGCCCUAACACGACGCUCGGGGCUGGUGUUUACAAGUGCGGGGAGAGGUUUCUCCACCGAGGUUACCUCGGUGACCUGGUCACGUCUCCGUACAUCAGCUUCGGACUGACUUGUGACGAUGGAAACAUGCUGAAGUCUUCUCACGGCGGCAACUACAAGAGAGCCACUGACGUUACUGAACGCAACGUGAUGCGGCUGCUAUACGAGCUCGAGAAUCGUGACAAAUUGGACAGCAACGCACUCAAUUUGAACACGGAGCAAAAUUUAGGAAUGGUUGUGCUCACUAACAUCGAUGCUAAGAUAUCAGAAGCUCAGAAUAUUUCAGAGGCGCCUUUGCUCCUACGUGAGGACCGGGACACGUACAUCGACGUGGACUACGGCAAGGUCCACUUCCUGUCUCUAUCUGCUCUGGAGCAGUACCCUCAUAAGCCACAGUUCCAGGGCUUGUUCCACGGCAUAUUUGUCGGCCACAACAUGCUGCCCCGUGUCAAACCGAGCGUGUGGUCCAUGGCCAGAGACGACGCAAUGGUCAUUAUGGAGUCUAGGAAGUACAUGGCAGAGUUGAAAAGAGACGAUGUCAAGUCGUAUGGAGAGCAGAUAUUGCAGGCUGCUGCGGCCGCCCAGGGGGUCAUGCUGGGCAGUUUCGAUCCGACUACAGACGACUGCGCCAGGUUUCUCAUUAAAAGGAAGAGUGCGAGUGUUGAUCCCUUGACGUAGAACUAUUGCAGUCGUUACGCUGUUUAUGAAGGCAGUUGUUUAUCUAUUUGAAGCGUAAUUAGUUAUUAUUAUCUAUUUAUCGUAAGGUUAUUUCUUCUCUCUUUACUUCCACCCUCUGAAAAUGUUAUAUCUUUUGAACUAGAUAAAUAAAACAAUUUAUAAAAUUUGUA